UUGUCAACACGAAAUGAAGCCCUCUCCCAAGAAGCAGGAGACUGAUCCCCGCUAUUUGAACCAAAACCUAGAAGACCAAGAGGAUCAGGAAAUUAUAAGGAAAAUCACGGCUGCGUUUGAAAGGCACCUCCGACAGAAGAAUCUUCAGAUGGAACUCGUAGAGGACGAAAUUAAGCACGUCAAGGAGGUUGUAAAGAAAAAUCCAUCCCUACGCGUGUUCGUAAAGCCGAUCGAGAUGAACAUGCCCCUCGAGGCCAUCAAGGAAAAAUUUAGCGUCUUCGGCAAAGUGAUGGAGGUAGAUGAAAAUUUGAACGCCGGAUUCAGCCGCUCGGUAACGAUUACUUUCUACUCAAGGGAUGCAGUACUGGCUGCUCUAAAUCACCCCGAACCGGUCGUGCUGAAUCGUGUUGCUUUGAAGAUCUCCGCUUGGCGUCCAUCCGACGACGAACCGGAUCCCCCUGGUGCUGGUGGCGCCAUUGGUAGACCAAGCAGUCGGCAAUAAAAGAUUAUUUUUGAAAAAUCCAACACGUUGAUAUGUAUGUGAUAUUUGUAUCUCCCCUUCCCCUUUAAAAUGUUUGUGCGAAUGUACCGUUGGUAUAUUUUGUCUCUGCCAGAAGGCAUGCUUUUCGUCGAAUCUAUUUCUCUGAAACACUGUAAUUUCAUUGUA